AUGGGAAACUUGACAUCGCUUCGAGCAUUGGAUCUCUCUUCCAAUAACUUGCAUGGAAGUGUUGCCCACUCUCCCCUUACUAUUCUCACUUCACUUGAAUACCUUUCCCUUUCAGAUAAUCACUUCAUGAUUCCAUUCUCAUUUGCCUCAUUUUCUAACCAUUCAAAGCUUGAGGUCAUUUUAAGUGAUAAUAACGUAGCAACGAUUGAAAAUGAAUCUCAAUCAUGGAUCCCGAGAUUUCAACUGAAGUUUUUUAGUUUGUCAAAUUGUGCCAUUAAAACACUACCUUCUUUCUUGUAUUACCAAAAUCAGAUGAUAGCUGUUGAUCUCUCCCACAACAACUUAUUGGGGAAGUUCCCCACCUGGUUGUUAGAGAAUAAUACGAGAUUGGAAUUACUUCAACUACGAAAUAACUCUUUAAGGGGGCCUUUUCAAAUGCCUUCUUAUCCUUAUCCUCACAUUUCACAAUUAGAUGUUUCUGACAAUUACUUAACUGGUCAAAUUCCUACAAAUUUAGAUAUGAUCUUUCCAAGCUUGGAGUUUGUCGACAUGUCCAAUAAUAUGAUUGAUGGUCGUAUUCCUCUUGGUUUUGGCAAUAUCAGUUCUUUACGGAUGAUAGACCUAUCUAACAAUCGUUUAGAUGGAGGAAUACCAGAACAUCUGCAAAUGGGUCUUUCCUCCUUGGAGUUGCUCAAACUAUCAAAUAAUUACUUGCAUGGUCAAAUAUUUGGCAAUCUUCUCAACCUGGUUCAAUUGGGGGCGUUAUAUUUGGACAACAAUCACUUUCUUGGAAACAUAUCAGACUGCUUAUCAAAUGCCUCUACGUUGACGGCGGUGGAUAUUUCUAAUAACCGUUUGUCUGGCUUCCUUCCCAAGUGGUUCGGGAAUGUAUCGGCUUUAUCGCAAAUAAGUUUGGCCAAAAAUCACUUUGAAGGCCCCAUUCCAUUGGGAUUUUGCAAACUUAAUUAUCUUCCGUUUUUGGAUUUAUCUGAGAAUAACUUGUCAGGCUCUGUGCCAGCUUGCUUCAACCCUUCAUCCAUAAUGCAUAUCCAUCUGAAUAAAAAUAGAUUGAGUGGUCCAUUGACUCUUGCAUUCUAUGACAUCUCCCAAUUGGUGACAUUAGACCUUGGAGACAACAGGUUUACUGGUGAAAUCCCGAAUUGGAUAUGCCAACUUUCUAGAUUGAGGAAUGCCAAAGAAAAUGUGGAGUUCACAACAAAGAAUAGUACUUAUCCAUAUCAGGGCGCUGUCCUAGAUUUGAUUUCAGGAAUUGAUUUCUCUUGCAACCAAUUAACUGGUACUAUACCACCAGAAAUUGGGAACUUAAGUGAGCUCUUCAUGUUAAAUCUGUCCCAUAACAAUCUCCUUGGAUCCAUUCCGGCAUCAUUGUCCAACCUAAGUCAUAUUGAGAGUUUAGAUCUUUCCUAUAACAAAUUGACCGGGAGUAUCCCCUCCGAAUUGAUUAAGUUGAACUUCUUGGAGGUCUUCAGUGUCGCCUACAACAAUUUAUCAGGUAAAACUCCAGAUUUGAAAGCUCAGUUUGCUACCUUCAGCGAGAGUAGUUACGAGGGAAAUCCUUAUAUUUGUGGACCUCCAUCACAUAACAAUUGUACUGAUGUCCGAGCACCAUCGUCAAUUCCAAAAGAUUCAGAGGAUGAGCAAAAUGAUGGUGGUUUCACUGACAUGGAUGUAUUUCAUGUGAGCUUUUUAGUGUCUUAUAUCAUGUUGUUAUUAGGAACUUUAGCAGUUCUUUAUGUGAACCCUCCUUGGCAAAGGGCAUGGCUCCAUUUGGUUGAAGCAUGUAUGACCUCUUGCUACUAUUUUGUUGUUGACAGUUUUCAUAAGUUGUUCAACCGCAACAUUGUGUGA